AUGGAAGUCUUCCACCAAACCAACCACAGAUCGUCAGAAACCACGAAUCUUCUAUGCCUAAACAGAUUGCAAGAGGUGAUCUACAAGGAAGGUGAUACUCCAGGCUAUCCUGUGCUGUCCCCGCCGUCAAGGUCAUAUGGAGAUACCAACAACAACAUAGACCACCAACCAAGAAACACAACCCACACACAACACCCAAGGACCACAAACUCCACACAACGACUCAACAACACAACAGCCCAAGGACCACAACACAGCAAACCAACGAAGGAACACAACAUCAACUCAACAACCCAAAGAACACAACCACAAAAAGACCAUGCCACAAAAAUUACCAACACAAAUAAACAACCACACAAAAAGCAACACACACACCCACAAACAACACCUACAACAACCCACUAUAAUCCCACAGGAACUCACAUACAACUCAACAAAAACCUCACGAGCACAACAACUCCUAAGCAACCAAUAUCAAAACCCAACAACAUCAGCAACAAAACCAAUAACCCAAACAACACUACACACUCGGACGCAGGUCCCCUGGAUCCUUGUUUGAGGCCCUCAUACACACUUAGUACACCGCCAUCCACUUCUCCCAGACUACUUCCAGUUCAUGCUACCAUUAAACCACCGUCCUCAAAAACCAAAUCCCAUUUCACUAUCUCAUCUACCCCUUCCACUCUUGUCCGAAUAUCUCUCUGUGCACAUUGGGGGUACCUCUCGUCUAUCGCAGCCUUUCAUACUUGCCUGCUCACUCUCACUUUCACAACUUCCAUUCUGCCCUUUCCCUCUUCUGAAUACAGCGAACCCACUUCAUACGAACGUCCAUACUCCUUGAACUAG